AUGUUCGAUAAAGCGCCGGCUCCACUCGCAAACGUCUUCAUUUCCAGGAUCUCACAAGAAUGCAUUGAUUUGUCCACCCAACCAGAUCCGGAGGUCCCUCCUUCCAAGCAGCCCAAACUGUCGGACAACUCGCUACCCAUCUUUAAUCCACCGCAGCACACUCCACCGUUGACCAGCUUUCCACAACUCACCCCUGGGCCAUUCCAGCAGCUCGCCGAGACGCCACUCGCUUCCUCCGUCACCACCCACUCCACCGAUCCACCCGCCUUUUAG